AUGAGUAAAAUUAAAGAAGAUGUUGUACGAGAGUUGCACACUCAAGCUCGUAAAAAUUUUCUGAGACGUAAAGUUGACAUUCGUGACAAGGACGAAUGUUGGCAGGCUGAUCUUGUCGAUAUGAUUGAGCAUGCACAACCGAAAUUUAAUGUCAAUGACAAUGUACGAAUCAGCAAGUAUAAACACAUCUUUGAGAAAGGCUACAAACCAAACUGGACAAAUGAAAUAUUUACAAUUAUAAAAAUAAAUAAAACUGUGCCUGUAACAUAUAAACUUAAAGACUAUCAAGAGAAUCCAAUUCAAGGAUGUUUUGAUAAUGAAGAAUUACAUCGUGUCAAACAUUCUGACAUUUAUUUAAUUGAAAAAUCAUAA